AUGAACAAGAUCUUCCCCCAGGAGGAUGUCAACAGCAAUGCUGUCGCUGGUACCAAAGCCCUCCCUGGAAGGGAAGGCUGCAGCCCCCUCUGCUACUCACGCCAAGGGGCCUGCCUCUCGGCCUCCGUGCUGCUUCUUCUGAUAACUCUUGCAGCCCUGAUCACGCUGAUCAUCAUCGCUGGACCCCCACCACGUAUGCCAGGGGCCCAGGCCUGCGUGACGCUGACGAACAGGACAGGCUUUCUGUGUCAUGACCGGAGGAACUGCAUCUCAGCCAGCGGAGUCUGUGACGGUGUCCGCACCUGUCCCCACGGCGAGGAUGAGGAUGAAGCCUUGUGCCGAGAUGUGCCCCAGAGCCUCCCCACUUUCCUCGUGGUCCGCUGUGGAAACCCGGGUUCCUGGAUCUACUCGGACCAAAAGUGCGAUGGGACCAACAACUGCGGGGACUGCUCAGAUGAACUGAGCCCAGUGACUGUGUGCCCACCCUGUGGCCCUGGGUGGUGGCGCUGCCCUUCAACUGUCUUCAAGUAUUGUGGCUGUAUCCCAAGGAGCCUCUGCCGGGACCACGUGCAACACUGCUCCGACUGGUCCGAUGAGUACUCCUGUCCUGGACUCUGA